CAAACGCUCCAGUGCAUGAGAUUUGGAAUUUUCGGAAAUCAUCGGUGUUUAUUAACAAGUUUGAAACUUCGAGCGACAAAAAUGAUGCACAUGCAAAAUGAUCCAAAUGCGCCUAUUACUUCUGCGGAAAGAGCACAACGAUCUGUAUUUGUUGGGAACAUUCCUUAUGAGACAACAGAAGAACAGCUGAGGGAGAUAUUCUCUGCAGCAGGACCAGUUGUUAGUUUUAGGUUGGUGUAUGACAGAGAAACAGGAAAGCCUAAAGGUUAUGGCUUCUGUGAAUACCAGGAUGUUGAAACUGCGCAGAGUGCCAUGAGAAAUCUAAACAAUUACGACUUCAAUGGCCGCCCCCUGAGAGUGGGCGUCGCUGCAGGAGAACAGAACAGGGAUGAGAUGAAAGGGUUGCAGCAAGCACUGGGGGGCCCAAUUAUGGAGAGUCCGUAUGGGGACCCCGUGGAGCCAGAGAAAGCACCAGAGGCGAUCUCCAAAGCUGUAGCCAGUCUGCCCCCGGAACAGAUGUUUGAACUCAUGAAGCAGAUGAAGUUAUGUAUCCAGAACAAUCCUACGGAGGCCAGAAACAUGCUGUUACAGAACCCUCAGUUAGCCUACGCUCUGCUGCAGGCUCAGAUAGUGAUGAAAAUUGUGGACCCCCAAGUGGCCAUGGCCAUGUUACACAGGGACACCAAACACAUCCCCCCGGCCAGUACCUCCAGCAGUGGUCCCUCCUCCAUCCCUCUCAGUAUACCCCAGGUUCAACCUGUGUCAGCCCCUGGUCCAAUGCAAGGUCCACCUGUACCAAUGAGUGUUGGCCCAGGGCCCAGAAUGGUGGGCCAGAACCCAAUGAACCCAAACAUGCCCGUGCCCGACAUGGUGGGACCCCGUGGCCCAAUGAUGCGUCCAAAUAUGGGCAUGCCAGGUGGGCCUGGACCUAACAUUGGUAUGCCUGGGCAGCUAGGACCAAUUCCUCAGCCCGGUCCAAACAUUGGCAUGCCUGGUGGACCUGGACCAAACAUGGGUGGGCCAGGACCAAAUAUGGGUAUGCCUGGGCAACCAGGACCAAUAUCUCAGUCUGGGCCAGUGCAGCCACAGAUGGGAGGGCCAGGCAUACGGCCUGAGAUCCGGGACCCAAGGAUGAUGGGCGAGCCACGCAUGAUGGCAGACCCUCGGGCCAUGGGCCCAAGACCAGGAAUGCCCAUGCCAGUAACCUCACAGACAGGGGCAAUGCCCCGUCUGCCCACUGCGCUUUUGGGCCCUGGUGGUUUAGCUGGUGGACUUCCCAAUCUCUCUGGAGGUGCUCAGAUCUCUGCACAGGAUCAAGAAAAGGCGGCCUUGAUCAUGCAAGUAUUACAGUUGACUGAUCAGCAGAUCGCCAUGUUACCCCCGGAUCAGAGAGCCAGCAUCCUUAUUCUUAAGGAACAGAUCUCAAAGAGUGCAGCUCAGUGAACCGUGACUUAAGUGAACUGUGACUUCUUUGAACUGUGACUAUCAUUGUAAUCAUCAAUCAUUUAGUUAAAAUUGACGGAGGUCACACCAUUUCUCAUUUCAUGUAUCAUCUUAUUUCAUUCAAGAAUAAAGCACGUAGGUGGGUGUUUCUUUCCCUAAAUUAUU